AUGUUGAAGUUCUCCGUGAGAGAAGGCCCACCCAGUGUGAAGAUGGCGGAGCCCGAGUCAGAUCUGUCGCCCCCCGAGGCGUCGAUUGACGUCCAUUCCAUCGCUGCGUGGGAGUUCCUCUUCCCUUGGUGCCAGGAGCUACGAGAGGUACCAGGCCGUUUAUACGUAUGGGGCGACGGCAGACUGCGAGGGCUUGGCAGUCACCGAAGUCGGCGAGCCGAAGAGCCCGAGGAGGACGAGGGAGCCAAUGAUGACGAAGACAACCGACAGCGACAGAUGCAGAGACAGUGGCGACUACGCGAAGCUUGGCAGCUGCUGGUGCUCGUCGCCCACCGCGACGCCAAAGUGUGGAAGAUGCUGCUGUGCCAAAAGUGCGGCGUGCGCUCUGAAAACCUGGGACUCUUCACUCGUGGGGAAGAAGGGGAGGAGGACGACACCAAUGCAGAUGAUGAAGAGGUCCUUGCCCCAGACGGCUUUAGUGUGGAGGCCGAAGAAGCCUUUAAACGGAGGUGUCGGCUGGACCGGGACGGGUUUGUCUUGCCACAGCUUGAGUUUUCAGCAUUUCUGGACAAAGCUGAGGACGUGACAGUCUCCGUGUUCGACAAGUGGGGGUGGUUCUUGAUGACCAAGGACGAAUUGUUAUACCAGCCGAGCGCGGCGUAUCUGGACGCAAAGGCGCGGAUUUUUGCCAUGCCAUUUCGCAUCGGCGCUCCGGUACCGAGGUUGCUGAGUAUUCGGGUGGCUGUUUCCUUCGAGCUAUCUUACGGAUGCACGCCAGAGCUCUUUGUCCGAUACUUGAAGGGGUUGCGAGAGCUUAUUGACGAUGUGAAGAACCGAGAUCGGGAGCUGAACCAAGCGGGUAUCGAAGCGGUGGCAAGUACCGACAGCGCGGAGAAUUUCACAUACGAGUUGGCUGAUCUACGGCUGGUUUGGGCGUUGGAGUUCCUAUUGGCUGGCUGGCUGUAUGCCUAA